AUGCGCGGCUCCUUCCCGGGGCUCUGCCUGGCGCUGCUGGCGGCCGAGCGGUGCGCGCGUCUCUGCGCCAUCAUCCACUAUGUGCUGUCCGGGCAGUACGUCUGGUUCUGGCUCACCGUGUCCUGCCUUGUGCCCGGCUACGCAGCCCAGCUCCUCAGUGCCCUUUGGUUCAGGGCCGACGGGCACCAGCCUCGCUGCUGCCUCCUGGUGCUCCACGCGCUGCAGCUGGGCGUCUGGAAGCGGUACUGGGAUGUUCUGCAGAUGGCAAGAAAGGCAAGGGGCAAUGGCAUUACCAGGGAGCUGCUCAUGCAGCAAGGAGACGCGUCCGUGCUGCGGCUCUUGGAAGCCCUGCUCCAGAGCCUGCCGCACGUGCUGCUGCAGGCAUACAUCUUCGUGGCUGUGGACCACACAGACCUUUUCCCCGGUGUCAGCGCUGGGCUGUCCCUCCUCUCCCUCGCCUGGGCUCUGGUCUCCUACAGCCGCUCCAUGUGCCUGCUCAAGCCGGGCCACCUCUACCUGCCGGCCACGGCCCUGCUGUGCCUGCUGCUGUGGAGGACGGGGAUGCUUGGGACCAGGGUGCUGUCCCUCGUGCUCUUUGCCAGGCUGUAUUCCUACUGGGUCUUUGCCGUGGUUGGCAUCCACUGGUUGGUAGUGUCCUUCUGGCUGGUGGCUCAGCAGACGGACAUCGUGACAGCACCCUGCCACUGGAGGCUCUUCAACUGCCUGCUGGGAGCCAUCUAUGUUUUCUGCUACAUUAAUGUCCGGCCUGGUCCCUCCAAGCUCAGAGUGGCUGUGUUUUAUGCGGUCAUGCUGGUGGAAAAUACCCUCUUGCUGCUGCUGGCCACAGAGUUCCUGCAGGCAGAGCUGUGGAGCAGCCUGUGUCUCACUGGGGCCAUCAGCUCGGGGUUUUUAAUAGGUGCUGCAGCUCUGGUGGUUUAUUACAGCCUGCUCCACCCCAAGUCCACAGAGAUCUGGCAAGGUUUCCUGGAGAAAUCCUGCAGCGUUACAGCCCCUGGUGAUGAUGGAGCUGGUUGCCCAGCAGGGCAGAGCUUGGGAAUUUCGAGUGGCGGAGAUGGCGAGUCCUUGGUGAUGGAAAAGACACAGGUGGCUUCCAGGAACGAGGAUGGGUCGUCCCAUCUCACCGAAGAUGACUGGACAAGCCAUCACCACUGGCUGCUGAUAAAGCUGGCCUUGAAGACAGGAGACAUCUCCAAGAUCAACGCAACUUUUGGAGAUGGUGGUGUGGGAGAGAUUUACCCUGGGGGACCGAUGCUGGGCAAACCCUCCAGGGCUGAGCUUGGGGCCACCCUAACCCUCCCGACAAUGGAGAUGGGUCCUCUGGAUUUUGAAUCCAACCUGACUGAUGAGAAAUUGCCAGAGGCAGGGAAUAGAGAAAGCGGGAAACACAAUUUUGGUGCCACAAGAACUUCAGGAGAGGUCCACAGACCCAUAAUGCAAGAUGCUGUGAGAGGCAGCAAUGCUGUGUGGCACGAAGCACAGCAAGAGACUGAUCCUCACCCUGCUGGAGCCUUUUCCAAGAGCCCGGACUCAUCGGAGGCUUGUGAUUGCUCAUCUCUCUACUUCAGUGCAAACAGUGGAGGAAUUGCCUCUCCCGGAGCGGAGUCGGAGAAGGACUCACUGGAAGGAGAUGGGAAACCACAGUCUCCAGCAGACUGCCCGGGUGGAAAAGGAGAGGGCUUUCCCGUUGGGAUGCCGAACAUCAGCCCCAUCUUGGGCCUGGGGGCGCCCGGUUGCUUGCAGAGCAGCUCGUCCCCCCUUGGCACGAGCAAGAGCGGGGCAGCGGGUUCCUCCGAGGAGGGCUCGGAGCUGGGGGACAUCCUCACAGGGUGGCAUAGCCAUCGGGGCACCCCAUGCUCUCGGGCGAGGGUUCCUGAGGAGCCACGCUUCACAUCUACCCCCAAGGCUGACCCCAAGUGCGCCCAGCACGGACCGAGGGGCCAAUCCGGGGCGCUGGAGUGA